AUGGUUAAUUUGUCACUCUACACGACAACUGGCGUGAUACUUCUCGACGGUGAGGGUAAUAGAAUAUUGGCCAAGUACUAUGGAAAGAAUGCUUACCCGACGGUAAAAGAACAAAAAGCUUUUGAGAAGGGAUUAUUCGAAAAGACUAGGAGAGCGAGUGGAGAGAUAAUUCUAUAUGACAAUCACGUUGUCCUAUAUCGUAAUAAUGUCGAUGUGUUUUUCUAUGUGGUUGGAUCAGCAGAUGAAAAUGAGUUACUUUUGAGUAGCAUAUUGAAUGCGUUCUACGAUGCUGUGUCUACUUUGCUAAGACAACAGGUUGAGAAGAGAUCAAUUGUUGACAAUCUCGAUCUUGUAAUUCUCGCUCUUGAUGAGACAAUAGACGAUGGUAUUGCAUUGGAAACGGAUUCCAAUGUUAUCGUCUCUCGUGUAUCUCGACCUCGAACAGAAAGCACCGACAUUCCAAUAACCGAACAGACGUUUAUUCAGGCAUAUCAGAAUGCAAAGGAAAGGCUUGCAGAGAAAAUAUUGAAAGGAGAUGUCUUCUAG